AGUCCAAAUUAGAUCGAUUAGUCCAUUAGUCGGUGAUCAAGUUGGCCCUCAAACUACAAUGUUGAGACAUCUCAUUAGCUCUAAAUGAGCCAACUCACGAGUUGAGCUCAACAAGCCAUCGAGUCGAGCUAGCUCGCGAGCUUCACGAGCUGAACAAAGCUAAGCUCAAACUUGGCUCAUCAGUAAACGAAUCAAGUUUCAAAUGAGUUUUUCCCGAUUCAACCUUCGAGUUGAUCGCGAGUAGUUUGGCUCAUUUGCAGCCCUACCCAAAACACAUCCAAAGCAACGCAUAGUGACCUGUCUGCACUAGGUUGCGGAGGUUCUGAAGCAUGAGAGCUCGGACAUGAUGGAAUGGUGGGCAAUGAUUUUAUGGGCAAUGUGGAAAGAGAGAAAUGUGCUAUUCUUUAACGGCCUUAAAUGGCUUGAGGAUGAGAUAGUGUAGCGAGCGAUAUCCAUUCUUGAAGAGUACCAGAAGAACCAAGGCCCAGAAGAUGUAGCUAUGGGCAACUUGCAGGCGGAUUGGUGGACAAAGCCGAUGCAGGGAUGUUGGCUGAUAAAGGGAUUGGCCUGGGGAGCAGUGUACCGAGACCACCAGGGGAGAUUUCUAGCAGCGGCGACCAAGAAAGUUUACGGCUCUUUUGGAGUAGAGAUGGUGAUCGAAAGCCUUGGCAACAGAAUUCGACAUCCAAUUAGCGAACCAGCUGGGUUUCACAAGGCUAUAGCUUGAAAUUGACAGUUCGACUUUAAUUGAGAAGUUAUUGCAAGCUCAUGACGUCCACGUACGCUGAGGUAUGAAUUAUCUGCAGGCGUAUUCUACAGGAAUUUCUUUAUUGACCAGUUCCGACUGGAUGAUGUAACCGUUUCUUCUGAUUAAAAUAUUCACAGGUUGCCUGUAAAAAAAAAUGAAGUCAUCCUACAAAGUCAAAGGGCGAUAAUUCUAAAGAUGAUAGCUACAGAGCUUUACGUGCCACUCUAUGGGCAACCCAGUUGGCAGUCCGUUGAACCGCCCCAAACUACACAAAGAGGACAUGACCAAUAACUUAAGACACUCUAGCAGGGGACUGCGAAUCUUCUACUGAUCUACGAUAUAGUAUUAUAGUUGACGGAUCACCAUUUUAGAAUUACCUUCAAUGAUGACACGGGGGUAGACACCUUGAGACCGGCAAUGAGAUGGCAUCCCUUGCAACAAGCAGUUAUGCAAGAUAAGGAUCUGUAACUCUUUGGUGCUGAGACCCCAAUGUUACAAGAACUUGCCGAAAUGGGUUAGGGUGAUUAAUUAUUUUUUUAGUAAUCACGGUGGCAACCUCUUUAUAUAUCAUUUGAUUAAUUAUUUUCCCUUAUUUUUUAAUCUUACGGUCAAGAUUCUUUUAGGGUAAUUUUGGAAAUUAAAAAGUGAUCACACC